UUGAUUUUGUUUAAAACGACUUCGUUUUAGUUCUCUUCUUUCAAUUUUCCGGCGAGCUCUCUUCCUCUGGAAUUCUGAUUAGAUUCUGAUUAGAGCUCUCUUCGUUCAAUACCUACUUUACUCGUUAAAAAUCACGAAGCUGCUGAUUUCUUGUAUCUGGGUUUGUCCAGAGACAAGCUUCUCUCUCUGACCUUCUCACUCACCGUCACAACUUUGAGCUCUCCUCUGCUAGUCAUCGCCGGAGAGAUUCUUCAGAGAAACAAAACGCUUAAGCGAGUAUGGGGAGAGAUGAAGAGAAUCCAGCGGAGAGAGAGACGAAUUCAGUUGUUCCAUGGAUGAGAGCUCCGGUUGACGUCAGCAAUGUCGAAAACUGCCCUCUUGAAACCCUUCCUUUCCUUGAUCCCAGGUUGAACAAGGCAUUGGGGAAGAUGGGUAUAUCUUCACUUUUUCCGGUGCAAUUUGCAGUUUGGCAUGAGACAAUAGGGCCAGGUGGUUUCGAGAGAGACCUCUGUGUUAACUCUCCAACAGGAAGUGGAAAGACUUUGUCUUACGCUUUACCAAUUGUGCAGAUCCUUUCAUCUCGUGCAGUUACAUGCCUCCGUGCUUUAGUCGUAUUGCCCACUCGUGAUUUAGCCUUGCAGGCGGUAUUGUCCUCAGUAUCGGUUCAUACGAUGAGUGUGAUAUGUAUGCCUGCGGGUUUAUUGGAGGAGCUGGAUAAAGUCUCGCGUUCGUUUCUCUGGGGAAGCACUCGGGAAACGAAAACAGCACCUUAUAGCGUGGAGGAAGGUGUGCUUACCGAAGGAUGA